GUUGAUUUGUACUCUGGCUUCAGCUAUGAUGUCUUCUCACUUCUCGCCUGUGUCGGAUCCCGCCCGCCCGUCUGAGACCGGUCCGGAUUCCAGGGUUAAAGUCCCUGUCAACACCAGCUCGACUUUUGUCGCCUCGCUUGGUUCCCUCGCCCUUCUGUUCGUCGCUUUGGCUGCGUCCUACCUUCGCCCUCUUCUCGCUCCCUUUCGGGAACGGAUCAGCGGUUUUCUCUUCGCUCCGGCGCCCCCCGCGAUGCCUGUCGUUAGCUCGUCUCCUCGUCAACAACAGAAUAGAGCUUCUCGACCCUCGAUCACGGCGCCUUCUUCUCCCUCUCUUGGUAAGUCCUCUCAGGACUUUUGUGCGCGCUUCACCGCGCCUGUUCCCCCUUUCUGUACCCCUCCCCGUCUGUCUCCCCGAGCGUUCACGCUCAGCAUGUCUCAUUACAUGGGUUCCCUUCCUCGAAGGAGCCCUUCCCUUUCUUGUUCAUCUGCCCCUUCCCCGUCUGUUUCUGUUGUGUCCUCGCACUGUCUCCAUGACCCCUUUGUCGAUUCCGCUUCCCCUCCCAGCCCUGUGCCCAACUUUGAUCAGCUUAUGGCAUUCGCCGAUAAGCAGAUCGAUAAGGCACGCGAGGCUCGCCUUCGCCAGCCUCGCUCUUUCUCUUCUUGUUCUUCUGCUUUCUCUGUUUCCGGUUCUCUGGCUUCCCCUUCUCUUUCUGUAUCUGCCCCUGUUUCUUCUUCUGCUCAUGUUUCUCCUUCUUCCCCCGUUGUUUGCGUUUCCUCUGACUGUUCCUUGAUUUCUGUCCCUUCUUGUACCCCUUCUCCUCGCGAGAUGGAUACGAUCGAUCGAAGUGUUGAGCGCAUGCGCCUUCGGGCAAUUGAACUCGACCGAGAUUGUGACUUGAAGCUUGCGCAGCUCAAAGCUCUUGUGGCCAGUGGCAUACCGACGAAGCCGUCGGCUGAUAAGAGUCACGACUACUCCACUGACUCCCCAACCCCUCACACCAUAUCGAACUGGGAUUCCACCCUCGAGGAGGAUCGCCUCAGUUCCUACUCCUUCACGCACAUGCCCACACCCUCUGCCCGCAUUCCUGCAGCCUUGGCUGAAUGGGAUACUUCUUCGGCGUCUACCCCUGUUGCUUCUGUUUCUUCCCCUUCUGUUCUUUCUAUUUCUUCUCCUUCUCUUCAUCCUGUUGUUCCCUCUUCUUGUUCUCCUGUUCCUUCUACUCCUGUUGCUUCUGUUCAUCCCCUUUCCAUGUCGCCUGACCCAGUUCUGCGCAAGUUUGCGCGGAAUGUUACCAAAGCUCACUUCGCCGCUCGUGGUGAGGAGCUUCCCCCUUCCUGGACGCCCCCAUCCUUUGCCCAUGGCAGAAUAUCAUUAGUCCCUUGUUGCGGGAGGGUAAUUGUACUCCCGUCACUCUUUAUCCGGUUAUCGCCUUUUUCUCCAUCAAGAAGAGGAACGGACAGAAAGUGUUCGUUUCCUAUCAACGAUUGCAAAGAAAGCCAGAAGAUUACGGUAGUUGCAAAGCUGGAGGCAAGAGAAAACAGAACCAAGGCCGCCGCCGGGAUACGAGAUUACAACUUACAAUGA